AUAACCCUUUAAAUAAUGGUAAAUAUUUAAAAUUGAAGUGUUAAUAGCACUAAUUGCGUUUGUUUUGGUUUAGUCUAUCGUCAAAAAAUGAAAAAUGUGGAUCAAAGUAAAAUUACUGUUCUUUAUAUCGUCACUGCUAUUUCAAAAGUACGAGUCCUUCUAUUUUCCUUUCUACAUGCUAUUAGUUUAUAAUAAAGUUGUUAAGGAAAAUAAAUCGUACAAAGUUGUGCCAAUUCCGUAUGAUUCGUUUUAUUUUUAUUUAAAAAAAAUUAAAAUUGAAUAUACUGAUAUUAAUAAUUGUUUAUUAAUUAGUGAAAAUUGUGUUCACGUUUUAACCAAAUGUGUAAAACUGUAUAACAGAAAAGUAAGUCGAGUAGUUCUCAGUGUGCCUUAUCCGAUGAAAAGUAAUAUUAUCUAUGUGAAUGAUUUUUUUUAUAACAACUUAAAAAAUAUUACAAGUGAAGACUUUUUUAAGGUAAAAAAGGCAUAUGUUAAAGAUAUUCCAAUUGCAGUUGAAGUUGAUGUGUCUUUAGUCAGUAGUCCCUAUGACCUAAACAAUGCAACCAUUGAUUGUUUAUUAAAUAAUUAUUUUAAAACACUCAGACUUGUAAAGGAAAAUGAUGUGUUAGUUAUUAACAUUUCUGAGUAUGGAGCAGAAAGUUUUUAUACCAAUUCUAAAAUCAAUUGUAUUAGUGUUGUGUAUUUUAAAUGUAAUGCGGUACAUUUAGAAAAUAACAGUUCUAUAAAAAAUUUAGCAUUCUGUGUAAAUGGUGAAACCAAUCUUAAAUUAAGUUCAAAUGUUCAAUGUUUCAUACCAAUACAAAAUAAUAUAAAAUGUGUGGAUAUUGGUACAGAUUGUAAAAUUAAUGAAAGUCUGAUACAAUGUUGCCCAUACGGAUUGGAAGAAAAUAUGCUAAAAAUAGAGAAAGCAAUGCGACCCUUUUUAGAAGGAAAAUGCUCUUCCCAAAUUCAUCCAACGUUUUUACUGAUUGGAAAGACUGGAUCAGGAGUUGAAGUGAUUACAUCAUCGUUGUCUGUACGUCUUGGAUUACAUCUGUACAAAAUCAACAAUUCCGAUUUAACAGCAAACAUCUACAGUCAAACUGAAACAAAAAUUAGAAAUACUUUUUUUAAAGCAAAAGCUACAGCACCUUGCAUUUUGGCUAUUGACCAUUUUGAAAACUUUGGAAAAAAUAAUGAAGGAGAAUUUGACAAACGUAUUAUAGACUAUUUUAAAUAUGAAGCAAACAGUUUGUUUCUGAAUCAAAGUUUACCUGUUAUUCUGCUUUGUAUUUGUGAAGAUAAAAGGCUACCGGCCGUAUUAUCAAGAUUUUUUUUGGAAACAUUUGAAAUUUCAAGUCUUAAACAAAAAGAAAGAGAACUAAAUUUAAAGUGGAUUUUACAAUAUAAUAAUGUGACGCAUAAUUGUAAUAUUGAAAAUAUUGGAAUGAAAACACAAGGAUUUUUAUUUGAUGAUUUGAAAAUGUUGGUACUGCAUGCAAGACGAAAAUUAAGUGUAACUGACACAGUUACUGAUGAUAUGUUGGAAGAAACAUUAAAGUUCAUGCAAAAAAAUUACAGUAAACAGAUGGGUACUCCUGACAUACCUAAAGUGAAUUGGUCAGAUAUAGGAGGUCUAGAGGAAGUUAAAACAGAAGUUAUAAAAACUAUUAAUUUUCCAUUAAAAUUUUUGAAGUUAUUUCAAAAUUCAAAUCUAACAAGGUCUGGCAUACUUCUUUAUGGUCCACCAGGUACUGGUAAAACGUUACUCGCUAAAGCGGUAGCAAAUGAGUGUAAAUUAUGCUUUCUCUCAGUCAAGGGGCCUGAAUUACUGAAUAUGUAUGUGGGGCAAUCUGAACAGAAUAUUCGCGAAGUAUUUGAAAAGGCUCGUGAAGCAUCCCCUUGUAUUAUUUUCUUCGACGAAUUGGACUCAUUAGCACCUAAUCGGGGUAAUUCAGGGGAUUCUGGAGGUGUAAUGGAUCGUAUUGUUUCUCAACUACUUGCCGAAAUGGAUGACCUUGAUCGGAGAGGAUUUGUAUUUGUGAUUGGUGCAACAAAUCGUCCCGAUUUAAUUGAUCCUGCAUUAUUGCGACCAGGCAGAUUUGAUAAACUUCUGUAUGUCGGUCCUUGCUCCGAUAAUGAAUCGCAGCUUAGUGUCUUAAAAGCUUUAACACGAAAAUUUUAUUUUUCGAAAACUGUUUGUUUAGAAGAAGUACUUCGUAUGUGCCCAGCAAAUGUAACAGGGGCAGAUUUGUACGGACUCGUUUCUUCUGCUUGGAUGUCAGCCGUACGUCGUUAUAUAACGGAAAAAGAAAAUGGUUUGAUUAAUUUGGGAGAUAUACUAUUUUUUAUUUUAAUAUAUACAGUUUAUGUUUCCCAACACUGGUNAAAAAAUGUAGUCGUUGAGAUGGAUGAUUUCAAAAACGCCAUAGGUUCUUUAAAACCAUCCUUAAAGUUAGAAGAUCUUUUAUAUUAUGAGAAUUUGAAAGAAAAAUUUACUUAAAAAAGAUAUAUAAAGAAUAAAUAUUUUUACAA